AUGACUGAUUUGGUCUCUUCGAGCGACUCUGCUCCUCCCCUAUCAAGACGAACUCAGCUCUUCAUUCAAAAUCCGCGGGUAGUGGUGGACAGCAGCGACGAGGCGCGUACUGACACGGCCACGCCGCCCUCCAUGAAUCCGGCUUGCUCACCAGUCACGGAUGCUGAAGGCGCAACAGCAGUAUCUACAAAAACAGCGACAAAUACCUCGUCAUUCAGCGGUAAACAAAAGAAGACGGAUGAAGACAAAUCAGCUUCCAAGCAGCGUAAAUAUGAACGCAAGACGAAGCGAUUCGUUUGGCCUGACGAUCUCCAUCGACUCUUUGUAGCUGCUAUCUUUGACGUUGGUCUCAAAAAUGCUUCACCAAAGACUUUGCUGACGCUUAUGGAGCCUGUGGAACCCGACGCAGGACUCACAACAGAACACCUCAAGUCGCAUUUGCAAAAGUUUCGACUUAAUUACGAGCGCUCACGAAUAGAGUUUCUCGAAUAUUAUGACCGCAGUGCUAAGCGCAAUCUCAAGCGUCGCCGAAGUCAAGGUCAGCAACGAAUGAACGGGGCUAAUAGUGAGACCGCUAGUAUGUUUGUGUUUCCUAUAAGCAACCCGAAGCGCCGAAAAAAUCGUGUUCACGAAAGUGAUAGUGGCGAAAGUGACUCGGACAAUGAGUAUUGCAGUCUUAACGACAACACAAUGGACGAUGGGAUCAAGAAGCAGGCAACAUCACGCGUCCAGCGUGAAUCUUCUGCUGCUUCAACAACUGCUCACGCUCCUGAUUUGAUUUACUCGCAACUUAUGCAAAGUGCUCAGCAACAGCCGAUAUUUGAUGGAAACAGCCAAACCCGCCAGCACUCUCACGUUACAGAUACUCUUAUGAUGCCUGUUGUUCCUGCACUGGUAUCCACUGGUAUGAUGCCAAUAAAAACUCAGCAUUUGCCACCAGCAUACGCCGCUCAUGUUCAGCGCAAACAAUUUACUGAUCACGAUCGUGAGUUGGCUGUAGCAGCAGCUGCUGUGGCAGCAUAUAGAUAUCCUUUAGGACAACUUCCUGUUGCCUCGGGAACUUCCGGAAUGCCCGAGCUUUCAGACCCACAGUGGAGUCUCCUGACUUCCUUGAUAUCUCCUCAGCUUUCAGCUAUGAAUGCACCGGUAGAUGAUGAUGGAAUGUUUGCACAUGGAGCCACCAGCGACACAAUUCUUCGAAAUGCGAGUGAAUACGUGUUUCAGAACGAAUCGUGUGAUUUACGAAUGCAAAUGCAUAUCGCUAUGCAAGCACAAAUGAAUCUUCACCGUCAGAUGCUUACACGUAAAAACUGUUCUGAGCAACAACGACAAGGUGGGGAGAUUCUGUGA